GCCAUUGCAGAAAGGCGCUGAGGUAGGUAUUGACUAUGCUUCUUAUCGUGCUGCACCAGUCUCCAUCACUACAAGUAGUCGUGGCCGAGUGGUUAAGGCGAUGGACUAGAAAUCCAUUGGGGUCUCCCCGCGCAGGUUCGAAUCCUGCCGACUACGAGCCGAAAGUAAUUUUUGGCGGGGGCCCCUGGAGCUUUCCGUGUUUGUGCGGGUAACGCGGCGGCGGUCCGGGGAUGUUUUAUUCGUUUGCAGGAGAGGAGGGGCGGCAGCCGUGCCCCCGACGCUCGAAGCCUUUCCGCGGAGGCGCGCCCAGCCCGUGCCCUCCCCUCCCCCCCACCGUGGCGCGCGACCCGGCGGGCUCUUUGGCAACCGCCGACGGCCCGGCCCGGCGAUGGCGGAGGAUCUGGACGCGCUGUUGGACGAAGUGGAGACCAAGUUCUGCCGCCUACAGGCGCAGGGGGCGGUCGGGAAGCGAGACCGCGGCGGAGGCGAGGAGGCGGCCGGGGAGAGGGACAGAUCAGCUAAAAUACUAACAAAGGCUGUCAUCGAUGAAGAGGACAUAGAUGACAUAAUUAAAGAUAUCAUUGAUGAAAGCAGCUUUUCCAAAAAACCUGUGAAACUGAAAUCCAAAUCUGCAAGUCCCACAUCUGAAAGAAAUAGUGCUUCCAUUCAGGCUCAUGGUAAAAGCUGUUGUCCAGUGUAUCUUGGUGGAAGCUCUACACCACGUGGUAUAGGAACAAAUAUUUCACAGAGAUCAUGUGAUCAGCUACGUUGUACUGCCUGUGACUUCAAUGUGUCUCAUUACAAUGACUACCAAUGGGAUAAGUCAUGUGAUUAUCUCUUUUUCAGGAAUAACAUGCCUGAACUCAGUAAAUUAAGAGCAAAGAUGAUAAAGAAGAAGGGAUCACGGGCUUAUGCUUGUCAGUGCAGUUGGAGAUCCAUUGAUGAACUAACUGACCUCCGAACAGACCGGCAGCUUCGUUGGGUCUGUGGUAAACAUGUAGAAUGAAGUCUUCUCAUGUUUGGUAUGCGUUCCUGUGUGAAAACAGACUUUCAAGUCAAACUGACUUCCUUUUAGCAUGCAUUUCCCACUCCAUUUUCUGAGAACAGAAAGGAAGCUGAACAUGUUAUCUAGAGCUAGAUCGUGACACUGAAUUCAAAACUGAACGUUUUUCCUCUCACUGUAACUGUCUCAUGAAUUAAGGGAAUUCAUAGAGGAAACAGUCAGUUUGGAGGCAUUCUGUUCCCUAGAGUGCCAGCUACAGGUGACAUUAGAAGUGUCAAUGAGAAGUGGGGUUGAAGAGCCCCUCCCCUAGUGCCAAUGGAGGGAGAAGAAGCCAAUGAAACCAAACGGAGCACGAAAAAAGGGAAGAGCAAGAGCCCCGAGCCAGCAGAAGUCUGUACAAGAUCUGUGACUCCAUGGAGUUGGGGAGCAGCCACGCCCUAUGGCACUCUUUCAGAGAUGGGUGGAUAUCCGCAUGGGAAUUAAUGCUCCUCCUCCCACUCUGCCUGUAGCCUUAUGCAGGGGUGGCAAGGUGUGCUGCCCAGGGAGUGAGUAGUAGUACAGAUCGAAAUGGAUGAGAACAAGACCAGCUGUCACCACACAGGGCUUCACUUUCCUUUACCCUCAAAUCCCCAAGAGCUGCAGAUUUUGGAGACUCCAAUCCAAGCUCCUUAGUGCUCACUACUCUUUAGUUUCCUCAAAGCCCUUUGUCCAGAGUAAGACAUUCCGUGGAGACUCUGAGGUUCACCACUUAGUUUCUUGGCCUGGUCUCUCCUCGCUCUUUUGUUUCACUGCAGGGAGGGGACAGUAUGGCCCUGAAUUAUUUAACGAUAUUCAAUAAGUUAAGAUGGGGAAAUAUUAGCUCUGCAACAGUUAACAAAGAUGCUCACAUUUAAGAGUCAACAAGAUAUAUCCCAACUGUCCUCGUGUUUGGGUUUUUCAGUUAAAAGCUUCAUUUCAGAAAUAUUCCACCCCCCAAAAGUGUGACUUGCCCAUUGCAUUCCCCCUUAAAACAGCUCCCAGUAUCAUGUUAGUUGAUGAGAUGUUUUGAUUUAAUAUUAAUGUCAUAGUAGCUAAUAACCCCUUGUUUUCUUCACUACCUCCAUAUUUAAAAUAUGCACAAGUAUUAUGUAUGGCUUGUUUUGUUUCAGCACUGGAAAUUAUCAUAUUGAAAAAUGGACUAUAGUUCAAUUUCGGCAAAGGGGAUGGGAUCAUUUCAUACAGUGAUGUAAAAGAAAAUGGAAUGAAAACACUGUACUGAAACUAUUUUUACUAUUCAAUAAAAUAGUAUUCUAAGGAUUAA